ACAGUGUUCAGACGCCAUUACAGUGUGUGAGAGCUCGGCUGAUAAACACAGAAUCGAAGUGCUGGAAUUAAUGCUGAGAACAAACGUUAACUCGGUGAGUCUGAGAUAUUUAAAAAGGAGUUAGAUACCAAAAAGAUGUCUGAAAGGGCUCUUUUAGAGAGUUUCCUGAACUGCCACGUGUGUGCAGAGACUUUCACAGAUCCUGUGUCUCUGAGCUGCAACCACAGGUUCUGUUCAAGCUGCCUGCAGAAAUUCUGGGAACAAAGUAAGAACAAGAACUGUCCCAUCUGUAAAAGAAAGUCAUCAAAAGAGGAUCCAGGAGUAAACUUUGCACUGAAAGAACUGUCUGACUCGUUUGCUGGGAGACUGAAAGUGGGAUCAUCUGAGACAGAAAAAGGAGAGAAGAAGGUGGAGGUGGUGUGUAGUAAACAUCAAGAAGUGCCUAAACUGUUCUGUAAAGAUGAACAGAGAGCUGUGUGUCCUGUCUGUGAGUUUUCUCUCCACCAGAGUCACACUGUGGUUCCUGUAGAUCAAGCAGUCAGGGAGCUGAAGGAGCAGCUGAAACCUGACUUAAAGUCUCUACAGGACAAGAGGAACAAAUACAAACAAGUGGAGGAAACAUACAAAGAAGUGAUUCAACACUCCAAGAAGCAGCUGUUAACCACAGAGAGGAAGAUCAGAGCAGAGUUCAACAAGCUCCACCAGUUCCUGAAAGAGGAAGAGGAGUCCAGACUGACAGCUCUGAGGGAGGAAGAGGAGAAGAAGGAGAAGACUAUCAUCAGAGAGAUGAAGAGGAUUCAGGAGCAGAUCUCCUCUCUGUCAGACAGUAUCUGUGCUGUUGAAGAAGACCUGCAGAAACACAACAUGGCCUUCCUCAGCAGUUAUAAACCCACUCAGACCAGAGCCAGAGUCCAGUGCUCAGAGUCAGAUCCACAGCUGGUCUCAGGAGCGCUGAUAGAUGAGGCCAAACACCUGGGCAACCUGUCCUUCAGAGUCUGGGAGAAGAUGAAGGACUGGGUCCACUUCAGUCCGGUCAUUCUGGACCCAAACACUGCAGGCCGCUGGCUCUAUCUGUCUGAUGAUCUGACCAGUGUGAGACAUGGAGACACAAAGCAGAAACUUCCUGACAAUCCAGAGAGACACAUUAAGUAUGCCUCGGUUCUGGGCUCUGAGGGCUUCAGCUCAGGGAAACACAGCUGGGAGGUGGAGGUGGGAGACCAUCCUGACUGGAAUGUAGGUUUGGCUAGAGAGUCAGUUAACAGGAAGGGGGAGAGAUUUGCUUCACCAGAAUAUGGAUUCUGGUGUUUAUUGCAUCGCAGUGGAAAAUACACAAAUGGUCUUGGUGAGACUGUCACAGUGAAGAAGAGUCUCCAGAGGAUCAGAGUCCAGCUGGACUAUGACAGGGGGGAGUUGUCCUUCUACGACCCUGAAGACAUGACUCACAUCUACACUCACAGAAACACUUUCACUGAGAGAGUCUUCCCAUAUUUCAGUAUUGGAAAGUCUGGUGAUGCUAAAACUUGUGAGCUCAAAAUGUGUCAAAGGUAGAUUGGUGUGAUGUUCAGGGAGGGCGGUGAGGUCUGACUGAUUGAUUCAUGUCGUCAUCAUGGAGGAGGUUUUUCUUCCUGUUACUAAUAAUUCCAGUUCUUUCUUUAAAGCUGAGAAUCAUUUGAUUUGAAGGAACAUGAAGAAAAUGUAGAAAACACAUUUGGACUCUUUCAGUGUCGGACAUGGUGGCACACAUUGUUUAGUUCUUGAAGAAUCCAGAAAAUAUUCCAGAGACACAGAAUAAGCUGAUCUACAAAAGUCGGCUUUAUUAUUGAUGUGAAGCAGUUUAGCUGGAAAUGUUUGAUGUGAUGGAAACAUGCUGAAAGAACUGGAACCAUUUAGAUUCCAUAGAAUCAUUUAGAUCAUUAAAUACUUGAUAUGAAUAUUUUUGAUUCAAUCAUUUAACAUUUCUAUAUUUUCUCUGAUUUUUGCAACAUUUGGAUUUUAUUGGAUUCAACCAAAACUUUACAUUUUUAAUUUCAAAGUUUUAAAAGUAGAUCUGUAAAUAAGUCUGUAAAUAAUCUCUGUCAAAAUAUUCACUUUUUUAUGUUUUCCCUGGAAAAAAAAAUAUUUUUGCUGAAAAAAACAGUGAGCGUUGAUUUAAUAUUUCCUUGUAUUUUUAAUACUUUAUUUUAUUUCAUCAUUACUUUUCAUCUUUUAACUUCAAGGUUUUUAAAGUAAAUUGAAAAAAUACCUAAAAAUAUUUUUUUAUAACACAUGCAACAUUUUUUAUUUACAAAAAAAAUAUGUUUUUUUUAAGUUUUGUUUUUGUUUAAAAAAAAAUAGAAAAAAGUGAGCGUUGCUGUAAUAUAACAUUUUUGUUAUCUUUCCAUCAUGAAACACAGAUUAGUCAUAUUUCUUUAAUUUCAGUAUCUCAUGUUAAUUUAGACAAAAAAACUCAAAUUGAUUUCAUACUUUUGUUUCUUUAUCGUCAAAAGUUGUAGAGAAAAUGUUCACUUCUGUUUGACGAUGUUUGUGUUUGUGUCUCAGGUUCAAUUCAAAUCAGAGGAUCCAAAAAAAUCACAAGACAUUUUCUAAACUGUCACUGAGGUUGUGAGAAUAACAGCUGCUCUGAAAUAUCAUUUCUCUGAUCUGAGAAUGAGUUUGAUGUUUUGAUUUCACUCUUGUUCUUGACAGAUCAUUUGAACCAGGACUUGUUCUUCACAUUUUCUCUCCUUUUAGUGGUUAAAGCUGAAAGUGAAGUCAACACUUUCACCUGGAUUGUCAGAAGUCUCCGUUCUAAAGCGCUGAGCUUUUCUUUGAAAUGUGGGUGUUGAUAGUUUCCAAAGUGUCUGGCUGUGCUCACUUCAGUCUUGAUGUGAACAUGAAUCUGUGUUUUCAGGAUUUCAAAGCAGCUUUUAUUUCAUCAUUUCUGGACUUUUAUUGUGAAAGAGCUGACGUGUGUUCCUGUGAGUCGAUGAGAACUGUCACUCAGAUGUGAAACAACCCAUCAGCACAUGAGUGUGUGUUUGAAGGACUUCAGGACUCACUCUGGAUCACUGUGGAUUCACUUGAUGUUGUUUUCAAUCACUUGUAUGUUUUGUUUGUGCUUAGUGAAUCCUCUGCUCCAAACCUGAAUGACUUCAUUCGUGUCCUGACUUCCUUCUAUCAAUAAAACUCUGUCCUGCAGUGAA